AUGAUUGAGAUUAAAGCUAAAUUUAAAUUAAAAUAUUGUAUAAUAAAAAGACCUGUGGUUGACCUUGUGGUAUUAUCAGAUGACCUAAUAAUGAUUGACCUGAAGAAGGUUGCGUCAGGUGGUUAG